AGGAAACUGAGAGGCUACAUGGCCACAGUCAACGACGACAAGAAGCAGCAGCACAGUAUGGUGGGAGGGACUCUGAAGUCAGAGUCACAGCUGUGCAACAACAGACAAAUGAGUUAUCAUCUGCAGUUUCCUCUGGGGCAGGAAAUAGUGCCACGGCCACAAUAUCGCGAGAUUCACACGUAAAGCUGGAAACAGCCCUCGUACUAAGGACAGUGAAAACCCACGUGACACAGCCACACCAACAUAACAAUCACAGCCUGCCCUAACCCGAACCCACCGCGAAGGUCACAACUACACUCGCGGGUUUUUAAAUCGCCCACGACUCACCAGUCCCGGAAACGUCCACGUCACUUCCGGUCCUGCGUCGGCGCUCGUGGCGCUGUGAGACUUAUUUUUGACCUCGCUGUAAGACUCAGAAAUUACGUAGUCUUUCCUGAAACCACUAAGAGGAAAAAUGUCUGUGACAUUGCAUACAGAUGUAGGUGAUAUUAAAAUUGAAGUCUUUUGUGAGAGGACACCCAAAGCAUGUGAGAAUUUCUUGGCUCUUUGUGCCAGUAACUACUACAAUGGCUGUAUAUUUCAUAGAAAUAUCAAGGGUUUCAUGGUUCAAACAGGAGAUCCAACAGGUACUGGAAGAGGAGGUAACAGUAUCUGGGGCAAGAAGUUUGAGGAUGAAUACAGUGAAUAUCUUAAGCACAGUGUUAGAGGUGUUGUAUCUAUGGCUAAUAAUGGCCCAAACACUAAUGGAUCUCAAUUCUUCAUCACCUAUGGCAAACAGCCACAUUUGGACAUGAAAUACACCGUAUUUGGGAAGGUAAUAGAUGGUCUGGAAACUCUAGAUGAGUUGGAGAAGUUGCCAGUAAAUGAGAAGACAUAUCGACCUCUUAAUGAUGUACACAUUAAGGACAUAACUAUUCAUGCCAACCCAUUUGCUCAGUAGCUGUAAUAGACCUGGACACGUAACUUGACAAACUGUUGGAACACACUUAUUGUGGUUUACCUGGUUUUAAUUAUGUCGGAGAUUGCAUCAUUCUUCUGCUUGUUCACAACUAUGAUCUAUGAAAUGGUGGUACCAACGGGCUCCCAACAGCUUUUAUCCCCAUUCUUAGAGAAUAUUCUUAACUAUGAUUAUCCAAAAUAUUUUAGUUUUAAUACAGAAAAUAUAUUGUUUAAUUUUUGUUACAUAUAUUCAUUUUUAAAUGCUGAGCCUUAAGUGCAGGCAUUUUUGAACAGCCUGAUACAUA